UCGAGCGAACCACCAGACCCUACAGCAACCUCAGACGUUUCUUUGCUCACCAGGCGUACAGACGUCUUUGAGUGUGCUCCCGCCACUCUCCUCUUCUCCGCGGACUCAUUUCGGAUAUCUCCCGCUCUCUUCACCCACCCCUUUCACGUUACUUUUCGGACUAUAUUACUCAUCUGAUGGUGUCCACCGAUGCCGAGAGAUGGGGAAACUGCACUCGAAACAUGCCGCUAUUUGUAAAGCGAGAGAGAGCCCGGAAGGCGACAGCUUUGUAGUUAAUGCCUGUUUGGCUCGGAAGGGACUGGACGACUGGCUGGUAAAGCAGCAGGACUGUCAUCUCAAGACCAAGUGCGCGUUGACCACCCGGGGCUCCAUAAAUGAAGCUCAGCAGAUUGGUGAUGAGCACUACCGCUUAGAAGUGGCUCUUCCUCCGGAGAAGACAGACAGCUGCUGCUUGGAGGACAAGAUGAUGCAGGAGCGGGAUGGCAAGCAGGUCCAGUUUGAGGAGCUAGAGUGCGCUGUGUCCAUGGAGGAGGAUAACCGUCAGGAGUGGACAUUCACCCUCUAUGACUUUGACAACAACGGGAAAGUCACCAGAGAGGACAUCACAAGUCUCCUCCACACCAUAUACGAGGUGGUGGACGCCUCUGUCAACCAUUCUCCCAGCAGCAGUAAGACCUUGCGGGUCAAGUUGUCAGUGGCGCCAGACUCCAGCCAGAGAUGGAGGAGUUGCACGCAGGGCAGCGCAGAUGUGUCCCACCCAAGGGAGAGAAAUGACAAGUGUGUCGAAGACCCCAAGGGCGCAGACAAGAAAAGUCGAGCGUUGAUACGGCGCCACCACAGCGACCAGCACGGCCACGCCCAGCCGGGCUGCCAGCGCCACUGCGUGGACGAGAACCUGGAGCGACGGAACCACUAUUUGGACCUGGCUGGCAUCGAGAACUACACAUCCCGCUUUGGAACGGCGACUACAGAGCAGACCAAGGCAGAACCCCAGACCCGGUCGUCCAACCAGACCCGCUCUAGAUCCCACGAGCCAGAGAACGGCCACUCCCAUCAUUCGCAGCCUCACCAUCAUCGCCGUUUGCAAGCUGCCACAGAAGUCAGCCCUCCCGAGGGCCUCAAUCUCGGUCGGACACGAGGCCAAGACUCUGGGAAAGCCGCCGUUCGCUCCCCCAAGACCCACAGCCGCACUCCCCCUGCUCAGAUCAGCGGCCGGGUGAUGCGAAGCAGGGGUCUCCCAGCCCCCCCGGUACUCCCCAGCCAGACGCCCCCUCACCAGUCGGCCGCCCCUUACCGCAAGCACAAGCAGCGCUCCAAGGACCACCAGGCAUGCCGGGCACUCGGCACCCUGGUGGGGCCCGGAGUGGAGAAGGAGCAGGUGAGGGAGAUGCCCGGGGUUCUGCUCUACGAGGGCCGGCUGGCACAACUUGUGCAGCGGCACGAGCACCACCAUCACCACGAACACCACCACCACUAUCACCACUUCUACCAGUCUUGAACACCCACCCCACUUUGAGACCCUGUUAGAGAUUCUUUGACAUAGGAAAGGGGGAGGGGGGUGCUGACCAAGGUAGUUGAGUUGGGAUUAGAGUGCCACUACCACCAUGAACACCACCAUUGCCACCAUCGCUUCUCCUAGUCCUGGUCUCCUGUCCAGCUUUGUGAUGCUUAGGGAACCGCUCUUUUUUCCAGUCAUAAACAGCCACCCCACUUUGGCACCCUUAAGGUCGAAACCACCACCCCCGAGUGUCUGCCCACGUUAGGUCCUUUUGGAAACAUCCUGGACACCGAAAGAAAGUGCUUUGGCUCAUCAAGAACGAUGCCCCACUUGGGGUCCGUGAUGGAGCUUCUUCAACACAGGAAGUAGGCGUGGACCCGCGAGAGUACCACCACAAUCCUUUCCGCCACUUGGACGAGUUCUGAACGGCCACGCCACUUAGGGACCCUUUGUUAAGCUGUUUGAGACUGAAACAUAGGGAGGACCCACGGGAGUGGGACCAUCACCAUUUUACAAUCCUCAAUGGCUUCUCCACCCUGUGGCCUCUGGGGAUCUUCCUUGACACAAGAAAUGCGGACCCAAAUAUUGAGGGUGACACAGGAAGUCAGAGGGGAUGACGGGCCAUCCAUUAGAAGAUAAAUCAGUGUUAUUAACCUAUUAGAGGAUUCAGGACUAGAGUACUGAGGAGGAUCAUGGCUGGGACCACAGAGGGACCCACCGUUCAUUAAGCUAGUAGCCCUUUUUUUUUACACGGUUGUGGUGCCCAUGUUGGUUUGGUGCCGGGGCCAACCCAUCAGAACUUUUCCAGACCACUAAGCCAAGAGGCCGAAGCAAGACUGUGAUGUAGGGAUGAACACUUAUGAAGGAAGCUGUGUGUGUGUGUGUGUGUGUGUGUGUGUGUGUGUGUGUGUGUGUGUGUGUGUGUGUG